UGGUGUAAGAUAUUUCUUCAAGACUGGACAGCUGAGGACCUGUUAUUUCUGAUUUGCCUUAAGCAAACUUACAGCCAUAUAGAAACCUCACGGAGUUAUAUAUUUUGCUCUCUGCUUUAUACCUUUCCUGGUACAUAAAUUCAUCUUGCAGUCAUGUAUGGAAGUGCUCGCUCAGUUGGGAAGGUGGAACCGAGCAACCAGAGCCCUGGGCGUUCACCUAGGCUUCCACGUUCCCCGCGCUUGGGCCAUCGUCGAACCAAUAGUACAGGAGGGAGUUCUGGAAGCAGUGUUGGAGGUGGCAGUGGGAAAACCCUUUCAAUGGAGAAUAUCCAGUCCUUAAAUGCUGCCUAUGCCACAUCUGGCCCUAUGUACCUAAGUGACCAUGAAAAUGUGGGUUCAGAAACACCUAAAAGCACUAUGACACUUGGCCGUUCUGGGGGACGUCUGCCUUAUGGUGUUAGGAUGACUGCUAUGGGCAGUAGCCCUAAUAUAGCUAGUGGUGGUGUUGCUAGUGACACCAUAGCAUUUGGAGAGCAUCACCUCCCUCCUGUGAGUAUGGCAUCUACUGUUCCUCACUCACUUCGUCAGGCAAGAGAUAACACAAUCAUGGAUCUGCAGACUCAGCUGAAGGAAGUAUUAAGGGAAAAUGAUCUCUUGCGGAAGGAUGUGGAAGUAAAGGAGAGCAAAUUAAGUUCUUCAAUGAAUAGCAUCAAGACCUUCUGGAGCCCAGAGCUGAAGAAAGAGCGAGCCCUCAGAAAAGAUGAAGCUUCCAAAAUCACUGUUUGGAAGGAACAGUAUAGAGUUGUGCAGGAGGAAAACCAGCACAUGCAAAUGACAAUUCAGGCUCUCCAGGAUGAAUUACGGAUUCAAAGGGACCUAAACCAGCUGUUUCAGCAAGACAGUAGCAAUAGGACUGGUGAACCUUGUGUGGCAGAGCUGACCGAGGAGAACUUCCAGAGGCUACAUGCUGAACAUGAAAGACAGGCCAAAGAGCUAUUUCUUCUUCGAAAGACUCUGGAGGAAAUGGAACUGCGUAUUGAGACUCAGAAGCAAACCCUGAAUGCUCGGGAUGAAUCUAUCAAGAAACUUCUGGAGAUGUUGCAGAGUAAAGGACUUUCUGCUAAGGCUACUGAGGAAGACCACGAGAGAACAAGACGACUGGCAGAGGCAGAGAUGCACGUCCACCACCUAGAAAGCCUUUUGGAGCAGAAGGAAAAAGAGAACAACAUGUUGAGAGAGGAGAUGCAUCGGAGAUUUGAGAAUGCCCCUGAUUCUGCCAAGACAAAAGCUCUGCAAACUGUUAUUGAAAUGAAGGAUUCAAAAAUUUCCUCUAUGGAGCGUGGGCUUCGAGACUUGGAAGAGGAAAUUCAGAUGCUGAAAUCAAAUGGGGCUCUGAGUACUGAAGAACGGGAGGAAGAAAUGAAGCAAAUGGAGGUCUAUCGGAGUCAUUCUAAAUUCAUGAAAAAUAAGGUAGAGCAACUGAAGGAGGAACUAAGUUCGAAAGAGGCUCAAGGGGAGGAGCUGAAAAAGAGAGCGGCUGGUCUUCAGGCUGAGGUCUUUGCCAUUGGUCAGGUGAAGCAGGAGCUCUCCAGAAAGGACACAGAACUCUUAGCUCUACAGACAAAGCUAGAAACACUUACGAACCAGUUCUCGGACAGUAAGCAACACAUUGAAGUGCUGAAGGAGUCCUUGACUGCUAAGGAGCAAAGGGCUGCCAUCCUACAGACAGAGGUGGAUGCUCUCCGAUUGCGUUUGGAAGAGAAGGAAACCAUGCUGAAUAAGAAGACAAAACAAAUUCAGGAUAUGGCUGAGGAGAAAGGAACACAAGCUGGAGAGAUACAUGACCUCAAGGACAUGCUGGAUGUGAAGGAGCGGAAGGUUAAUGUUCUUCAGAAGAAGAUUGAAAAUCUUCAAGAGCAACUUAGAGAUAAGGAAAAACAGAUGAGCAGCUUGAAAGAACGAGUCAAAUCCUUGCAGGCUGAUACCACCAACACUGAUACUGCCUUGACAACUUUGGAGGAGGCCCUGGCAGAGAAAGAACGGACAAUUGAACGCUUAAAGGAGCAGCGAGACAGAGAUGAGCGAGAGAAGCAAGAGGAAAUUGAUAACUAUAAAAAAGAUCUUAAAGACUUGAAAGAAAAAGUCAGCUUAUUGCAAGGCGACCUCUCAGAAAAAGAGGCUUCACUCUUGGAUCUGAAAGAGCAUGCUUCUUCCCUGGCUUCCUCAGGACUGAAAAAGGACUCACGCCUAAAGACACUAGAGAUUGCUUUGGAGCAGAAGAAGGAGGAAUGUCUGAAAAUGGAAUCACAGUUGAAAAAGGCACAUGAGGCAACAUUGGAAGCCAGAGCUAGUCCAGAGAUGAGUGACCGAAUACAGCAAUUGGAGAGAGAGAUUGCCAGGUACAAAGAUGAAUCUAGCAAGGCCCAGGCAGAAGUUGACCGCCUCUUGGAAAUCUUGAAGGAGGUGGAAAAUGAGAAGAAUGACAAAGAUAAAAAGAUCGCUGAGUUGGAAAGUCUCACCUCAAGGCAAGUGAAAGACCAGAAUAAGAAGGUAGCAAAUCUGAAGCACAAGGAACAGGUGGAAAAGAAGAAGAGUGCGCAGAUGCUAGAGGAGGCUCGGCGAAGGGAGGACAGUCUCAACGACAGCUCCGCACAACUCCAGGACAAUCUCCGUAAGAAGGAUGACAGAAUUGAAGAGCUGGAAGAAGCACUAAGAGAGAGUGUACAGAUAACUGCAGAGCGAGAAAUGGUGCUAGCACAAGAGGAAUCAGCCAGGACCAAUGCUGAAAAACAGGUGGAGGAGUUACUGAUGGCCAUGGAGAAGGUAAAGCAAGAACUUGAGUCCAUGAAAGCAAAACUGUCCUCUACUCAACAGUCUCUGGCAGAAAAGGAAACUCACUUGACUAAUCUUCGGGCAGAGAGAAGGAAACACUUAGAGGAGGUUCUGGAGAUGAAGCAGGAAGCUCUCCUGGCUGCCAUUAGUGAAAAAGAUGCCAAUAUAGCUCUUUUGGAACUUUCAUCCUCUAAGAAAAAGACCCAAGAGGAAGUGGCAGCACUAAAGAGGGAGAAGGAUCGUCUGGUGCAGCAACUCAAGCAGCAGACACAAAAUCGAAUGAAGCUAAUGGCAGACAACUAUGAGGACGACUACUUCAAAUCCUCUCAUUCCAAUCAAACCAAUCAUAAACCCUCCCCAGACCAGAUCAUCCAACCUCUCUUAGAACUUGACCAAAAUAGAAGCAAAUUAAAAUUGUAUAUUGGACACCUGACAGCCCUCUGCCAUGACCGAGACCCCCUGAUCCUUCAUGGGCUCACUCCACCAGCUUCCUAUAACUUGGACGAUGACCAGGCAACUUGGGAAAAGGAGCUGCAGAAGAUGACCCAGGAACAGCUUCAGAGUGAAUUAGAAAAAGGUGAGCGGGACACUGCAGAACUGCAGGAGUUUGCCAACACCAUUCUCCAGCAGAUCGCAGACCACUGCCCCGACAUCCUGGAGCAAGUGGUCAACGCAUUGGAAGAAUCAUCCUGACCCUGCUUCAUGGGGAGUGGCCAGCCAGCAGCCCAGUGCAGUGAACCCAGGAGCCAAGAAAAGCGAACUAUGAGGACAGGCACCCAGAUACUUCUUGGCGCCCUGCAAACACUACGAACUCCAUCCUACCCUGGUUAGUUCUUCAAGUGCGAUUCCAGCUCCACUUCUACAUCUGUCACCUUACUCUGCUGGCCUCAAUUGGAUGUUGUCUCUAUACUUAUUUUUUUAUGUCCAAGGUGGGUAAGUGGCCAAGUCUCCAUGAAGAACCACGAUCUGGUCAUCAAUAGUGGAGAACUCUGGAAGCUGGUGGCUCUGCCCUCACAGAGGGUCAUGCAGUAAGGAGCCUCUUUCUUCUGUCCUUGACAUGGGAACUAAACCUGGAAUCUACUUGGAGUUCAGCAUACUGAGAGAAUGCUUCCCCAUGGACAAGAGAGCUGAGUGUCCUAAAAUCACAACAGGUGCUUUCUCCUAAAAGGAUUUUUUAAAAAUCUCAAAAAGAUAUUAUUAGAAAAAGAGGAGGGUUAAAGAGGGACAAACAGAAAACUGACUCUUCUUACACUGUCUCUUGUUUACUUUCAUCUGCAGUGUUUUAUGCGGGGGAGCCACAAGCAGGCCUCCUCAUGGCUCAGUGUACACGAACACCCGGCCCUGUCUCGCAUAUGCGUGCUCUUGUCCUCGACCAGUUAACGACAGGGUGGUGCAAGCAGUUCUCCCCCUAGUCCUCUUGUGUAAGACCUUUGGCCUUUUGCUUAGUCAGAUCAUAUAUCUCUGAUGGAAAGAGAAGAGGGGUUUGACGUGAGGCGCUGUCAUCACCAGCUCUGCUUCUGGAGAUGGCCAUUGCCAGGGUCAGGCUGUUUCUCCUGAACAUCUCCUUCAUCAGGCCCCUGAGCCCCAGAAGAAUGCUUCUGCCUUCCCCACCAUGCUCCAAGCCCAGUGGUCACUGAACUCUCUGACCCACCUUCCACCCUUGUAGCUUAACUCUUGAUUUGCACUCCUAGAACCUUAGCUUCAUGCAUUGCCUGAAACCUCCUUUGACACAAAUGAAUGUUCUCAUCCCACACACAUUCCUUCCUCCAUUCUUUCAUUCAAAGAAUAUUUAUGAAAUGCCUACUGUUAGGCAGUCAUCCUUGUGGGAAAAAUGGAGGAGAGGUAUAAAGGAUUCUAUGAGACAUACCAGCUUGAGUCAAAGCAGCAAAAGGCAUACUCUUCCUCUCCCCCAUCUUAAUAGAAGGUAUCUUUUCCAGAAAAUCUUUCCUAAGUCAGCAUUUCUCACUUCUCACUAUAAUAGAAUUGAUGGAUUUGGGGGCUGGGGCUGAGUCACUUAGUUGCCAUUUGGUGAUUCAGGACUUUUGCUUGUUGUUACCCUGAACAAGCAUACUGUUCGGGGGCCUGUGAGAGUAGGUGGUGUUUUCUCAGUACAUCUCCGUGCACCUCGUGGAGCUUGGCCAGCUCCAUGUCACAAAUGAGAAAAUUGACCCCAAAGUUGCAAAUCCACCUGAAGAUACUGGCAUUUUGAAAAGCAUUUUCCCCAUGCAUAGACAAUGACAGUCAUAAACAAAAUCAGGCACCAAGAAUAGACCACUUAACCAAAAUCUAGGCCUUUGACCACCUCUGUGACCAGACACCCACCAGACACUCACAUCUUCUGAUAAGAGUUGCUGGGCUAAAUGGCUUUGUCCUGCAUUUUCUCCUUUGCCCUUUCCCAAUUUCUCACCCAAAGAAUCUGAUGCUGCCUGUAAAGUCAUCACGGCCAUCAGUGCAGUAUCUUCCCCACCAGCAAGCCUUGACUGUCUCAUUAACUUAUAUGGUCGAAUCUCCAGCUGCCCUGACUCCUGCUGUAAAACAGUCCCACCUGUGAGACGCUGUAGAGUGUUCCUUAUCAAAGGUUUAAAUGGACUCUGCUCAUAAACUUCUUACUGAGAUGCUUCCUGAUAGCCAGGCUGGCCGGAGCGGCGGCACAGGGGUUAGAUAUAAAGUGGUAGUCAUUUGUGGUCAAUUACCUCAGUUUCAUUUAUUUAUUGCACUGCCCAUAAAUCAUGUAGAUAGCCCCUAGUAUUUUAGGGGGGAGUAUUAGAAUCUCACUUUAAAUGCCAUAAGGAAAGAACUGAGGUAAGAUGACAGCCUUCGCAGGACUACAGCAGAACAGGAAGCAGAAGAGGCCAUGCCCAGGGAAGUGGCCUGGCCUGGCGCUGGCUGGCUGUGGCCUAGCUGAUCUGGCAAGAGAAGGCAUCAGCCAGGUCUCUCUCUGGGUCCCACUGAUUUGGGCUUUACCACCAAAUGCGAUACCUGCCACUCUUGCCUGCGUGUUUCAUGACUUUCACUGCACCUUCGUCCUUCCUCUUUUCAUUUCACCCCUUCCUGUUGCUCUCCCUCUAAAACCUUACGGAAGUCCUCUAGACAAGUGCUUCUGAGAAGAAAAAUUUCUGGGGCAGACAGCAUCUGUCUGGUCUCUAUGAACCAAAGCAGGGAGUCUCAUUCAUUCUUCCUAGUAUCUCAAUGGUUCUGAGGACUUUUUGGUCCUAGAUGAAUUAGGCUCUGGCUAAAGUUCAUUGGUGAACAUGACGUGCAUUUACAUUAUAGGUGCAGAGUCUAUAUAGUUUCUAUCUAGUGUUUAGAGUAUCUUACUGAGUUUAAAUCAUUCAUCGAGCCAGCAUUUACUAAAUGCACAAUUCCCAUCACACAAGGACUAUCAUUUUGUGACCUUUUUAUGAUAUUCAAGGUUUCACAAGGUCACUGAGCUACUACCAAAUAUUAGUAUGUAGCCUUGAAAACUCACUGAAGGUUGCCUAUAAUGUUCACCAAACUCAUCCAUUCCAUUGGCAAGCCUAGUUGCCCCUUAACACCUAAAUAUUUGUACCCCCAAAUUAAGAUCAUCACAAAGGGGAUAAGAAGAAGAGUAGGUGGGACCCAACCUGGAGUGCAUGACUAAAGAAAGAAAAUGUGACUUUUCAUCUUUUCAUAUCCCUCUAUCCCAGGUACUCAUUGAGUCCUUGAUGAAGUAUUGAAUUGAGAUUUUACAAGGACUUUGGAUACCAUUUGAAAUAGAAAAUACUUUAAGUGGGCUUUAACAUAUUAAGAAAUAUGCAUGGGAAUCCUGAAAUCCAUCUCCAUUCUAACCUUUGACCUUGUAUGUUACAAUCUAAAGAAGAUCUAAGUUCCUUUCUCUCUUUCUUACCCUUGGGCUUUAAAAAUACUAAUAAGGCAUACUGGACCCAAGGCCAUCUUCAGUGUCACUAGUGGCAGUGUGACCUGGCACUUUUGUGAAUGGAAGUCUGUUUGGUUUUCCAUGAGGAGCUCAUUGGCUCACUCACUCCUCGGAGUGAGGAGAAAAGGAAGAGGAAGCCAUCACAGAGUUUUAGUCUACUGCUAAACCAACCCCUCCCUUGUUGAUGGUCAGGAUUGGCAUUUGGAUUUGCUGCUAGAGAGUCCUGCUGAUACCAGAGCGCUCCUUCCCUUCUGUUUGACCCCAUUAAGCAUAGGCCCGCUGGCUACCCUCAGGGUCUUUAAGGAAAGAGCAAAUGGAGGAGUAUGUCACCACAUAGAAUGUGACCCUCACAUGACAUCUGCUAAGUUUCCAUGGGCCUGUAUCAGCAAUAUCCGUAACUCUCAUGUCUGCCUCCCCAGCCUCACCUCCCCAUCUGCAAACGUUCAGAACUGUGGAAAGGAGAUGAGAAGGGAGUAGAUGCAGGCAGCACGCUGCCCUUUGCAAUGCCUGCAAGGCCACGCAUCCACCCAUCACUGCCAGUCCCUGGGCUCUCAGGAGAGUGACUUCAACCAUUUAAAGAAAUGUUUUAAAGGAAUCUGCCAUUUCCUCCAUGUGAACUAAGGGAAUACUUGGGCAAGAAAAAAAACAUACAAGGAAAUCCUUCUGAACAAAAUGGCUGUCUUUACUCUUUUUAAGCAAAAACUGUUUCCAAACUUUUUAGUGUCAAACUGUAACCAAGUGUCUCCUGAUUUCCCCCAAUGUGUUUAGUGAGUACUGUGACCCCAAUGUAGGUAUUGCUCCUCUGACUCUGGGAGGAGAGGUGGUUUUAGGACCGGUUUUGUGGGGAGCAGGUUUUUGUCACAUCCCACCUCCUCCUUUGUUUCUCUGCUUGUCAAUAUUGUCUGUGUGGUUCAGAGAAUUUGGGCAGUUACAUUGUGUCCAUUGUUGAGAUUAUUAAGAUAUUAAAAAGUAGUUGUAGAACUGAAAAAUUAAAGAGCUGUGUUUUUAAAAAAUGCAAAUCAAUAUCAUGUAAAAGGAAUUCAAGCUAUGGGGCAGCCAGACUCCGCCCUUCCUCCUAAGCUGCCUUAGGUGGCAGCUGGGCUGGCCGCUUGGGAAGUUCAAGGACCACACUCCAAGCAGGUGACUGCGUGGCUGAACGACAACUGCUGAGGGAAACGAAUGGGAAUCUGGGUCUCAGAGCUCCAGUCGUGCCAGCGCUUUCCUACACAUCCUCAGGUCCUCUGGGUAGUUUGUGACCCCAUAACCACCCUCACCCCCACGUCGGUCCCAGCUCAGUGUGCCUAACACUAUGUGGCAGCCUGGGCUUGACUCUGAAGCCCCACACCUGGUAGCAGCCCUGUACAGGCCACAGAACCUCUCUCCUGCCCACUUGGUGCUAUAUCAUCCAGUGACCAUCCAAUAUGGACCAAGCACUGGCCAGCCCAGAGCCUGCAGUCCGGUGAAUGCGUUAUACUCAGAUCUCAGUUCCUUCUGGCUUCAGUCCUAGAUUCUUUCCCUUUAAGAUUUUUAGUCCCAGAUCUCCUGGGACCAGGCCACCUCUUGUGGCCCUCCCCCGCCCCCUCUGAGAUGCCAUUGUCAGGGAAGGAAGUGAAGCCUGCUGAAGCCAGGGAAUCCAGCCCUGGGCCAGAGCAAGCCCUCUGAGCCCAGCCGUUUCACACCACACCAGUAUUGCAUCACCCUCUAAGGCAGCCAGGCCCACCCGAGGGCAGCACGCCGCCCUCUGGCCUGAUGGCUGCGCAGGACCAGCCCUGAGCUUGCCCUCACAGCAGGGUGUCCAGGAUGGGGACUGGGGUCUCCCUGGGACAUGCACCCUCUGCUCCAGAAGAGAAGUGCUGCACUUUAGGGAGGAGGAGGGGCGCUGGGCACUGUUUCCUUGUAGCUUGAGUUCCUUUUGGUGACAGUAGCAGCCGCAAUGGUGGUGUCUGUGAUGCAAAUGCACCUGCUGCCUUCAAGUGUGUGUGUGUGUGUGUGUGUGUGUGUGUGCGUGUGUGGUGGCCAGUCGCAUUACUGACAGGAUAACGACACUACAGAGAAAUUGUGUUAUAGUCAACUUUGCCUUGAUAAUUAUUGUAAACACUUUGGUUUUUUUCUUUUAUAUUCACAAACUAAAUCCAUCGGGAACUUAUAAAGUUAUUUAAAAAUUA